CAGUCCCUGCCAUGAAUGGACACAUCGUCCCGCCAGGCGAGCCCCCUCCCCCAGGCGGCUGGAAUGAGUUCUGCGAGCGGCAUGCCAUCACCACCGCCAAGGAGCUGGCCUGGAAGUACCUCCUCUUCAUCGACGAGAACCCCCAGCAUGAAGUCCUGGCGGCCGAGAACUUUUCCCUGCAGUUCGCCGAUCUCUUCCAGCAGUACUUCCGACAUGAGGUGAAGGAGACUUCCACCAUGAGCCAGUUCCGCGUCCUGCCCUUCAGCGGGGUGCGGGACUACCGGGAGACAGGCCGCGGGCACACCAACGGCUCCUUGGGGACGGACGUGACUAAGGCUGAAGUAGGGUUGGCCGACCCUGCUGACCGAGUGACCGAGGCCUGCCCUGCCAGCCUGCCUAAAUCUGAGGAGCCCACGGGGACUUCGUCAGCCAUGAGGAAACACUUUUCCCUUGACCGGCUGAGAAGGAGCUUGCGGAACUUUUUCCGUAGGAGGCCCUCGGAGCCCGUCCCUGUGGAAGGAGAGACGGCGGACUCCAUUUUGAAGCCGGGCCUGGCCUGGAAGAUCCUCCCCUGGGCCCUCUCGCGAGAUUCGGCGCUCGAAGUGCGGAAGGAGGGUAACUUAAAGUACUGGAUGGUGACGGAGGCUACCCUGGACUGUGGGAUGCACUGGCAAAGAUGUCGGCUGGUGCUGCGGAAAGCGGGCUCUUCGGGCAGUGAAGACGACGUCUUGGAACUGUUUGAUCCCCCCAAGUGCUCGAAGCCAAAGCUGCAGACCACCUGCUUGGCCAUCCAGGAAAUCCGCCGCUGCACUCGCCUGGAGAUGCCCGAUAACAUACACACCUUUGUGCUCAAGGUAAACACCUCCACAGACGUCAUAUUUGAGGCUGGAGAUGAGCAGCAGCUACAUUCCUGGAUGUCUGAAAUUAAAGAAUGCUUCCGUCGGGGAUCUUCAGGGUCAGAUCUUGAGCUAAACUCUGAGACUCCCUCGGAAGCGUUGACAGCAAGCCCCGCAAACAGCAGCAUCGACUCUCUUAACCAAGGUGCGAUGCAAUCUGGCCCAGCAGAACACCCCUGCCAGAAGACCGAUCAGUACCUAGCUUCCUAUCCCUGGUUCCACGGGCCCAUUUCUCGAGUCAAAGCUGCCCAACUGGUCCAGCUGCAAGGACUAGAAGGUCACGGGGUCUUCCUCAUCCGACAGAGCGAAACCCGCCGGGGAGAAUACGUCCUCACUUUCAACUUCCAAGGAAGAGCAAAGCACCUGCGGCUCUCUCUGACGGAGAGGGGCCAGUGCCGAGUCCAGCACCUGCAUUUCCCUUCCAUCAUGGACAUGUUGCUCCAUUUCCAACGGUAUCCCAUCCCUCUGGAAUGCGGCGCCCCCUGCGACGUGCGGCUGUCGAGCUACAUGGUGGUUGUCCCGCAUACGCAAGCUGGCUCCGGGAACCCCGUCCCACAUUCCUCCUCCGUCCACCUCUGCAGGCCUGAGUUCAGUCUUGUCCAGCUGACGCCGUCCACCUGUCCACAGCUUCAUGCGGCCGACAGCCUUGCCCACAGUUCCUCAGAGGAGCAGAUCUUCCACCAGGUGCCCCCUCCAGAAGAGCUGGCCAGAAGCUUAUGGCACAGAAGUAGCCUGUCGGGGCCCGCCGGCACACCCGCUCCCCACCGCCCAUGGGACAAUGAUUAUGAGUUGGACUCACAAGGCAGGGGCCAUUUGCGAGCGGUCAACAACCAGUACACGCCCCUUUGA